AAGCACUUCGGCAAUGUUCGGCACACUUCGGUCUCUCCUAACCACCGCAGUGUCCAAGAUGGCGGCAGGAAAGAAACUCACGAAGGAAGAAGAACUUCUACUCCAGGAUUUCAGCCGAAAUGUGACCACCAAGUCCUCGGCACUAUUCUACGGGAAUGCCUUCAUCGUUUCUGCCAUCCCGAUAUGGCUGUACUGGCGCAUCCACCAGAUGGACCUGUUCCAGUCCGCGGUCGUGUUCGGGGUCAUGACCCUGGUCUGCACCUGGCUCAUCGCCUUCGCCUACAAGAACGUCAAGUUCGUCCUCAAGCACAAGGUUGCCCUCCAGCGUGAGGAUGCCGUCUCCAGGGAGGUGAUGAAGAAACUGUCGGACGCAGACUCCAAGAAGAUGUCUCGCAAGGAGAAGGAUGAAAGGAUCCUGUGGAAGAAGAACGAGGUAGCUGACUACGAGGCCACGACCUUCUCCAUCUUCUACAACAACGCGCUCUUCCUGUUCCUGGUCAUCGUCGCCUCCUUCUUCAUCCUGCGAUCGCUCAACCCCACCGUUAACUAUGUGCUGUCUGUGGGCCUGGCUGGUGGACUGCUGGCACUCUUCUCAACUGGCUCACAAUAAAAAGGACAAAAAAACACCAUGUAUUAACAUCCUCUUUCAACAGCUCAGUCAGCAUCCACCCCAUUCAUGAAGUGGUAGAAUCCAGUUUUUUUACAAAGACCAUUUGUGUUCGGAAUCUUCUAUUUUGGAAAGGGGGGAGAUUGAUUUGGGUUGUUGAGACAGGAUGGGCUGAAAGGAUAGGAGGGGUCAAAGUUUGCAAACGUUUCUAUGAAGUUGGAGUAAUGAUGCAGCAUUGUAAGUUGCAAAAAAAAAGUGUAGAGUAGAAGUACAUGUAAUUUAGUAGUAUUUGAUAUUGAUUUAUUAUGUAUUGAAAGAGAAAUAAACUUAAGGUUCGCCAAUGGCAAUGUCUAGGGUUUAAAUUAGUACACUAAGAAUUGCUAGUUCAUGAUAUUGAGAAAGGAUAUGAUGAAAGAUGAGAUGCAAUAUACCUCAAUGUUGCCAAAACAAAACUGCAUCCUUCUACUCAGAACGAACACAGGCCCCUUCUAUAGGAGUGAGCAUUCCAGUGUGGUGCUAUGAAAGAAAUAAAGGGUUUUUAUACAUCACA